GGGGGCGGCAGCUUUGUGCUUUUUAGUGGUGGCUGUGUCCCAGGAUAGCUGGAAGGUUAGGACUCUCUUGCGGUCCCAGAGUGGAGUGGAAGGUCUGGAGCUUUGGGAGGAGACGCGGAGGACAGACUGGAGGCGUGUUCCUCCGGAGUUUUCUUUUUCGUGCGAUCCCUCGCGCGCGCGUACAGUCAUCCGGCUGGUCUGACGAUUGUGGAGAGGAGGUGGAGAGGCUUCAUCCAUCCCACCCGGUCGUCGCGGGGGAUUGGGGUCCCAGAGAGACCUCCCCCGGAGAAGCAGUGCCCAGGAAGUUUUCUGAAGCCGGGGUAGCUGUGCAGCCGGAGCCGCCGCCGCUCCGGAGCCCGGGACACCGGCCACCCUCCGCGCCACCCACCCUCGCCGGCUCCGGCUUCCUCUGGCCCAGGCGCCUCGCGGACCCGGCAGCUGUCUGCGCCCGCCGAGCUCCACGGUGAAAAAAAAAAGUGAAGGUGUAAAAGCAGCACAAGUGCAAUAAGAGAUAUUUCCUCAAAUUUGCCUCAAGAUGGAAACCUUUUGCCUCAGGGCAUCCUUUUGGCUGGCACUUGUUGGAUGUGUAAUCAGUGAUAAUCCUGAGAGAUACAGCACAAAUCUAAGCAAUCAUGUGGAUGAUUUCACCACUUUUCAUGGCACAGAGCUCAGCCUCCUGGUCACCACUCAUCAACCCACUAACUUGGUCCUACCCAGCAAUGGCUCAAUGCACAACUAUUGCCCACAGCAGACUAAAAUUACUUCAGCUUUUAAAUACAUUAACACUGUGAUAUCUUGUACUAUUUUCAUCGUGGGAAUGGUGGGGAAUGCAACUCUGCUCAGGAUCAUUUACCAGAACAAAUGUAUGAGGAAUGGCCCCAACGCGCUGAUAGCCAGCCUUGCCCUUGGAGACCUUAUCUAUGUGGUCAUUGAUCUCCCUAUCAAUGUAUUUAAGUUCUACCAAGAUGUAAAGGACUGGUGGCUCUUUGGGUUCUAUUUCUGUAUGCCCUUGGUGUGCACUGCGAUCUUCUACACCCUCAUGACUUGUGAGAUGUUGAACAGAAGGAAUGGCAGCUUGAGAAUUGCCCUCAGUGAACAUCUUAAGCAGCGUCGAGAAGUGGCAAAAACAGUUUUCUGCUUGGUUGUAAUUUUUGCUCUUUGCUGGUUCCCUCUUCAUUUAAGCCGUAUAUUGAAGAAAACCGUGUAUAAUGAGAUGGACAAGAAUCGAUGUGAAUUACUUAGUUUCUUGCUGCUCAUGGAUUACAUCGGUAUUAACUUGGCAACCAUGAAUUCAUGUAUAAACCCCAUAGCUCUGUAUUUUGUGAGCAAGAAAUUUAAAAAUUGUUUCCAGUCAUGCCUCUGCUGCUGCUGUUACCAGUCCAAAAGUCUGAUGACCUCGGUCCCCAUGAACGGAACAAGCAUCCAGUGGAAGAACCACGAUCAAAACAACCACAACACAGACCGGAGCAGCCACAAGGACAGCAUGAACUGACCACCCUGCGAAGCCACUCCUCGGCACUCCCAUAAUCCUCUCGGAGAAAAAAAAUCACAAGGCAACUGUGACUCCUGAAAUCUUUUCUCUGAUCCUUCUUCCUUAACUCACUCCCACACUCAAGAAGAAAUGCUUUCCAGAACCGCAAGGGUAGACCGGUUUAGCCACCCACGACAUCUACGAAUCGUACUUCUUUAAUUAAUCUGAUUUACAUAUUCUGCGUGUUGUAUUCAGCACUAAAACAUGGUGGGAGCUGGGAGAGAAUGAAGACUGUUCAAUGAAACCGGAAGGAUAUUUACUACUUUUGCAUGAAAAUAGAGCUUUCAAGUACAUGGCUAGCUUUUAUGGUAGUUCUGGUGAAUGUUCAAUGGGAACUGGUCACCAUGCAACUAUAGAGAUUAUGACAAGAUUUUCUACUUUUUUUAACUGAUUUUUUGUCCUUCAGCCAAACACAAUAUGGGCUCAAGUCACUUUUAUUUGAAAUGUCAUUUGGUGCCAGUAUUUUUUAACUGCAUAAUAGCCUAACAUGACUAUUUGAACUUAUUUACAUAUAGUUUGCAAAAAAAAAAAAGAAAAGAAAAAAAGACGAAAAUAGUAUUCAGGUGAGCAAUUAGGUUCGUAUUUUCCAUGUCACUGUUUAUUUUUUUAAAACACAAAUUCUAAAGCUACAACAAAUACUACAGGCCCUUAAAGCACAGUCUGAUGAUACAUUUGGCAGUUUAAUAGAUGUUACUCAAAGAAUUUUUUUAAACUGUGUUAUCUUUUUUAAAUGGUGUUUGAUUACAAGAAAUCUUGAGCAUGUUUUGUAUGUUAAAUUCAAAAGUAAUGCUUCAAUCAGAUCUUUUUCACAAGUUCAAUCUGUUUUUCAUGUAAAUUUUGUAUGAAACAUCAAUGUCAAGUACCAAAAUUUUAAUGUGUGUGUCAGUAACUCUACCUGAGACUUUCAGUGCACUGUAUAUAGAAGUCUAAAGCACACCUAGGAGGAAAAGAUUGAAUUUUUCAGAUGAUUUGGAAAUUUUCAUUCAGGUAUUUGUAAUAGUGACAUAUAUAUGUAUAUACAUAUCACCUCCUAUUCUCUUAAUUUUUCUUAAAAUGUUAACUGGCAGUAACCCUUUUUUGGUCAUUCCCUUUUCCAUACAGGAAACAUAAUUUUGAAGUGGCCAGAUGAGUUUAUCACAUCAGUGAAAAAUAAUUACCCCCAACUGCCACCAGAACUUAAUGAUUCUUCACUUCUCGGGGUUUUCAGUAUGAACCUAAAUCCCUACCCCAACGUCUCCCUCCCACACUGCCACCAUUUCAAAGGGCCCACAGUGACUUUUGCCGGGCAUUUUCCCAGAUGUUUACAGACUGCGAAGUACAGCAGAAAUUCUUUUACUAGUGUGUGUGUAUAUAUAUAUAUAAACAAUUGUAAAUUUCUUUUAGCCCAUUUUUCUAGACUGUCUCUGUGGAAUGUAUUGUGUGUGUGAUAUAUGCAUGUGUGUGAUGGUAUGUAUGGAUUUAAUCUAAUCUAAUAAUUGUGCCCCGCAGUUGUGUCAAAGUGCAUAGUCUGAGUAAAAUCUAGGUGAUUGUUCAUCAUGACAACCUGCCUCAGUCCAUUUUAACCUGUAACAAUCUUCUGCAUUCAUAAAUCCUGUAACCAUGUUACCAUUACAAAUGGGAUAGAAGAGGCAGUGGGAAAGCGGAUGAGCUGUAGACUAGCAAUAUAGGGUUUUGUUUGGUUGGUUGGUUUGAUAAAGCAGUAUUUGGGGUCGUAUUGUUUCCUGUGCUGGAGCAAAAGUCAUUAAACUUUGAAGUAUUAUAUUGUUCUUAUCCUCAACUCAAUGUGGUGAUGAAAUUGCCAGGUUGUCUGAUGUUUCUUUCAGACUUCACCAGACAGAUUGCUGACAAUAAAUUAGGUAAGAUAAUUUGUUGGGCCGUAUUUUAGGACAGGCAUAGAUAAAAUAACAUCAGGUUCCAGUUGCUUGAAUUGCAAGGCUGAGAAGUACUGCCCCUUUGUGUGUUAGCAGUCAAAUCUAUUAUUCCACUGGCACAUCAUAUGCAGUGAUAUAUGCCUAUAAUAUAAGUCAUAGGUUCAUACCAUUUUGUUUAGACAAUUAUCUUUCUUUCAAGAUGCUCUGUUUCUUUCACAUGAAAAAAAUGCAUUUUAUAAAUUCAGAAAGUCAUAGAUUUCUGAAGGCUUCGAUGUGCAUUUUAUUUAUGGACUAGUAAGUAAUUGUAGUUUACUAGUAGGAAUAUUUCCAGUUUCUACCUUUACGACAUCUUUUCAACAAGUAACUUUGUAGGAAUGAGCCAGAAGCCAAGGCCCUGAGUUGGCAGUGGCCCAUAAGUAUAAAAGUUUACAGAAACCUUG